AUGUACUGUUUACAGUGGCUGCUUCCUGUCCUUUUGAUUCCAAAGCCACUGAAUCCAGCGCUUUGGUUUAGUCACUCAGUGUUUAUGGGCUUCUACUUACUGAGCUUCUUAUUGGAAAGGAAACCAUGCACCAUCUGCGCCUUGGUCUUUCUGGGUGCCCUCUUCCUCAUUUGCUACAGCUGCUGGGGCAACUGCUUCUUGUAUCACUGCAGCGGCAGCCAGUUGCCAGACUCUGCCAAUGACCCUGAUGUGGUUGGCACCUAG